GAGAAAUGAGAAUGGCUAAAAUCGGCGAGCUCUGAAAAUGAAAUAGUGCUACGGAUAGUACAUUUUAUGGUUAUAUGUAAUUUUAAUUUAUUCACUAAGCCUUCUUAUAUUAUGAGAAUUUAUUAAAAAGGCUACCACAAAACAAUAAGAUGGCUUCAACACCGAAUAUAACCGGCUUAACAAACAAGAAUUUAUUUCUUGUCGACUUUCAAGAACCAUACACGGAAAAAGUUUUGAGGGAUGAAACUACACCAAACAUACGGAGUGUCGUAUUCAGUCCUAAGGGAAACUAUUUGGCCUACAGAACAGAUAGAAAGGUUGAGAUACUGAAAUGUGCAGACUGGUCUGUAACAGCUACAAUUGAUGGGAAUGUUAAGGACAUGUUUUUCUCUCCUUUGGACACUUACUUCAUAUCAUGGGAAAUGUUCUUCACAACAAAAGACAAUCCUCAGGGAAAGCCCAAUCUACGGGUAUUUAAUUCACAAACUGGAGAGAACAUUGGCUCAUUUAUUCAAAAAAAUCAAAUUGGUUGGCAACCAAAAUGGUCAUCGGAUGAAAAGUUAUUUGCAAUUCACGCAAAUAAUAGAAUACUUAUCUAUGAGGAUGCUAAAUUGGACAGAUACACACACAAUGUGCAAGCGGAAAAACUGCAAGCGUACAGCAUAUCACCAAGUCCAGCACCGGCAUACUAUUUCUCCAUUUUUACAUUAGGUAAAUCUGGUCAGCCGUCAUUCUGGCGUAUAUUUAAAUUCCCCCAAUUUGACAUCAGCAAUGCGAUUGUGAGCCGAUCCUCAUUCCAAGCUGAUAAAGCAACAUUUAACUGGAAUAGACGUGGUACUAAUGUAUUUACCAUGACACAGACAGAUGUAGAUAAAACAGGAGGUUCUUAUUAUGGGAAGCAAGCUUUAUCUUAUGGUGACAUUAAAGGAAAUGGUGGAAAUAUGACAUUCAGCAAAGAAGGACCAAUCCACGCGAUUGCAUGGAAUCCGGGCAACUGGAACGAGUGGGUCGCUGUGUACGGACACGCGCCCGCUAAGGCGACGCUCUUCAACGCUAAGUGCGACCCGUUGUACGAGUUUGGAACUGGGGCAUGGAACGCCAUAUACUUUCCCCCUGAAGGAAAUAUAGUGCUGCUAGGUGGUUUCGGGAACAUAGCGACUGGUCACAUAUCGGUUUGGGAUUUACGUGGUUGCAAGAAGCUGGGAGAAUGCUCAGCGCCAGACACUACUUACUUGCAGUGGGAUCCGCGGGGAGAAACAUUCAUCACCGCUACCACUUACCCUAGACUCACUGUUGGAAAUGGGUACAAAAUCUGGCACUACACUGGAGCGCUAAUGCACAAACGCGAGUGCGUAGAAAAAGAGAAUUUACUGUCAAUCAUUUGGCGGCCGGGCACAUAUCCAAAGAGUGAAUUGUCCAAAACAGUGCCCAAAGGGAUAGAAGUCGCCGCGCCGAAGGCCACUGCGUACAGACCACCAGCGGCUCGCAAUAAACCAUCCACAUUCAUUAUGCAUGAACAUGAGAAACCUCAUAAACCUGGACAAAAUGCCGAGGCCGCCCCAUCAAAGCAAGCGAUAAAGCAAAAGGAAAAACGCGAAGCGCGCAAAGCACGUAAAGCGGAAGAGAAGGCGACAGAUAAAGGUGACACUCCCCCCAGCACACCCUCCAGCCGGGCGCCAUUCGUGUCCACGGGCGACCCGGAGAAGGAUAAAAAGAUUAGAAAUGUUAAUAAGAAACUUAAUGACAUAGACAAACUAAAACAACAGAAGGCAGCCGGAAAGCAAUUGGAACUCAAUCAGUUAGCGAAAAUUGAAAAUGAAGCUGCUUUGCUGCAAGAACUUGAGCAGCUCAAAUUAUGAUGCAAAUAAAAUAAUAUAUUUAUAUCUAACUUGGAUUUCGCUCAGAAUAGAUAAUAAAAAUACUUAUUACUGUAUUCAUAAAUACAUUUUUAGUAUUGUUAAGAAAUAUCAAGCAUUUUCUGUGGACAUUUUUUUUUAUUCUAGUGAGAUAAAUCUAGAAUUCUAUAGCUAUUACUUAAUUGUUUUUUUUAUAUUUAAGUUGAUUAAAUAACCAUUUUUUUAUCAGAAGUAAAUUGUACACCUUAAGAACAAUUUUAUGUAAGGGACUUUUUGCAUUGUUUGUGUGUUAUAAAAUUCUUCAAUACAUGUUCAAUACUAACAAUAUUACACCUUUAUUUAACACGACUAUUCUUACUUCAUUUGUAUGAGGUGUCAAAUUAAUUAAAUUGUGUAAAAUAUUGGAAUUAUAUUUUUAUAUAUUAUAUAGCUUUAUCGAAGAAAAAGUGCUACGCAACUUCAGUGGUUAUAAAAAUAUAUACUUAUAAUGAAAAUCUAUUAAUGUUUUAAUAAAAUGUAAAAUUUAAA